GUGGCAGCGCAAACAAGCAAGCCUUCCAAUUAACUCGUUCCCACCUUCCCCUCCUCCCCUUCUCCUUCCUUCACGGAUUCCCAAAUACUCGCUUCCAAUACCAAUUCUCCGAUCCCCGUUCGUUCCCGCACCCUCGCGCUCCGCUGAUCCGGCGGCAUGCGGCGCCGCGGCGUGGCGGCGGCUGAGGCGGACGGUGACGUGGAGUUGCGGUUCCGCGGGGUGCGGAAGAGGCCGUGGGGCCGGUACGCAGCGGAGAUCCGGGACCCGGCGAAGAAGGCGCGCGUCUGGCUCGGCACAUUCGACUCCGCCGAGGACGCCGCCCGUGCCUACGACGCCGCAGCGCGGAUGCUGCGCGGGCCCAAGGCCAGGACCAACUUCCCGCUCCCCGCCGCAGCCGCCCUCCACCACCACCACAUGCCCGCUGCUGCCGCCGCAGCAGCUCCACCAUACACAACAUAUCCCACCGCCACGGGCGUCUCGACGCCGCCGGUCGCCAGACCGGCUUGCAGCAGCCUCAGCUCCACCGUGGAGUCCUUCAGCGGCGCGCGGCCGCGGCCCGUGCUCCCGCCGCGGUUCCCUCCGCCGUCGAUUCCUGAUGGCGACUGCCGCAGCGACUGUGGUUCCUCGGCCUCGGUCGUGGACGACGACUGCACGGACGCGGCCGCCUCUGCGUCGUGCCCCUUCCCGCUCCCGUUCGACCUCAACCUGCCCCCAGGCAGCGGCGGCGGAGCCGGCGUCGGGUUUUACGCCGAUGAGGAGGAUGAGCUCAGGCUCACAGCGCUGCGGCUGUGACGUCGAGCUCAAUCGAGCCGCUGCUUAGAAAGAGGAAAAGGAGAAAAAUAUUUGGUUCUUCCCUUCUCUCGUAGCCGACACGAACUCUCCAUCCACUACGAUGUUGUUGUUUACUUGAUCUGAUUAUGAUAUUUGCCUGAAUCCUAGUCAACUUACCUGCAUGCAUGCUUGCUUGUUUUCUGGCGAUUGAGGAUUAUCGCCAAACGCCAAAUCUUGCAGCAGCUGUUGUACUGUAAUAUAUCAACAUUUUACUUACUUCCUCUUAUGAGGAAAAAGACAGAUAAAGUAACUUAUUUCAAUC